CCGGGCCCUCGGUCCGCGGCCCACGCCAGACUCUGCCAGUCUCUGGCAAGAGCUGCCAGAGGCACCGAAACGUGCGCCAAGGCUGCCUGCGGCCCGCGACCAACGCGCCAUCAUGGAUCAUGGCUGCCCUAGCUGAUGCGCUGGUUCGGCCUGCUGCUGGCGGUCGCCGGGCAGCCCGUAGAAGUGGACCUGGACGGCAGCACGCAUAGUGCAAGGGGUCCACGGCUCGCGUUCGACGUCGACGGAGUUCUACGAGCCCUGACCCUCGCGGACCCGGCUCGCGUGUUGACGGAGGCGGCGGCGUUCCUGGAUGCGCUGCCCGCGGGCGCACGCGUCAAAUGCGCGUGGCCGACCGCGGCCUGCGAAUCAAACGGAGGCGAUGCGGCGGCCGUAAUUCUGGGUGCAGCGGCCGCCGCGGCGUGGCCCGCCGUCGCGUCGGUCGGGAAUCUGACGGACGGCCGGCGGCCGCUUCAGCACGGAACGCUCCAGGUGCACGGGACGCGACUCCUCGUCGUCUCCGCGUCGGACCGGCCGGAGGUGGCCCGCGCGUCGUGGACGUCGUGGGCGGCCUACGCGCGAACGCACGGGUACGGGUUCCUCCCGCUCGACGCGUCCGGGACGGGACUCGUGGCCGAGGGCGUCGCGAUUGUCGGACAGCUGAGCCCCCUCCGGAGCGCGCACCACCUCAAGCUCUGGCUGCUCCACGAUUUGCUGGAGAGCGGCGCCAGCGCCUACCAAACUAUCGUCUGGGUCGACGACGACGUCGUUGCCACCUCGAUGGCGACGCCGCACCCGGCGCUGGCACUCGCGGAGGACACGCUCGCCGUCGACGCGCUCCCGACCUUCGUGGCGCGCGAACCGUUCAACACCGGCGUCGUCGUAGCGACGCGCGGCGGCGACCGCGCGUCGUCCCUGUUGCGCCGCGCGUGGCUCGCGCCGUUCGCGACCGAGCGAUACUCGUGCCUCCUCCGGGACUGCGGCUGGUGGGACAACACGGCGCUCGGCCUCGCGGUGGACGCGGACGCGGCCGGCUUCGUAUUAUUGCCGUAUGGCUCGCUGCAGGCGUUCUGGUCGCCGUUGACAUUUUGCGGUACCGAGUGGACGCACUGCGAGUGGGUGCAGAGCUUGGCGUUGGCCUGGGCGCCGGGGGACUUCGCGGCGCACGCGGGCGGCGGGUCUCCCCGCGAUCGCGCGGCGCGGAUGACGCUCCUGCUGCGCGACCGCCGGGGGGAGCGUCGCGUCGAGCCGCGUCGGUUGCUGGGCGGCACGCCGGCCGCGUUCGGCCAGUACCGCGAAGCCUUGGUGCUCGCGCUGCGGGCGGCGAACGUGAGCGCCGCCGCGGCGGGCGCGGCGGCGGCGCCGACGGCGGAGCUCGAGGCGGCGGUCGUCGAUGCGCUCGGCCCGGACGCUUCCCAUGCCGUCGCCGAGCGAUUGCCCCUCGUCACAGGCUUCUCGUGUAGGGUGGACUUGGCCGUCGACGGCACGGAGUGGGCCAGCGUCGUGUUUGGUCUCGACGCGGACGACUUCGACAGGAAACUCGCACGGGAGCUGGAGGCGGCGGGCAUCAGGGCCCCGCUCGGACGGCCCGACGGCGGCCCGGCCUGCGCCACGCUGGCGUGCGUCGCGGCCGCGCUGCGGGCGGCCGCCGAAGCGAACGGAAACUGCGUGCCCGGGUUCCGCGUAGAGCAUCGCGACCUGGACCUGGUGCCACCGCCGCCGGCCCCGCGCUCGGCCGUGUACGAUCCGCCCGCGCCGCCGGCACGCUUCGCUUCGUCGGAAUGGGCGGCGCGGCGAUCGAGGGGCUUCGCCGACCGCUUCGAGGCGUUUGCUCGCGAAACAUUCACUGGCAAGUUUAGUUAA